AUGCCCUCGCAUAACACACAACCCAACUACCCUAUCACUAGGCAAGACUCUCACCAUAGCGGGAACUCUAGUCAUUAUCUAGGGUCCGUUCUUGAAUGCGAUAUCCUUAUUGUAGGUGCUGGUGCUGCCGGCCUAGCGGCGGCGGCAGCCGUACAAAACCAAGGGCGCAGAGUCAUCCUUGUUGAGAAAGAGGAUCAUGUCGGCGGCACCACUUUCAGGUCCGGUGGCUGCAUGUGGAUGCCCAACAAUUUUCGUAUGCAAGAGCUUGGGAUCAAGGAUAGUAUAAAGAAGGCUGAACAUUACAUUACAGCUGUUGGGAAGGCUACAAGCCCAGUUACCGACAGAGACAUUGUUCUCGGAGAUCUGCAAAGCAAAAGACUGGAGGCUUUUCUGACACAGGGUCCGGAGAUGGUAAAUUAUUUCAGAAACCAGGGUUUUCGAUGGAUGGAUGCUCCUUCCAAGUUCCCAGAUUAUCACCCACAUAUGGAAGGAGCGGUCGCAUAUGGCCGCACCCUGGAUCCCGAUGUUUUCGAUGCAGCGAGCAUGGAAGGCUGGGUAAAAUACCUCCAAGUUCAGGAAAAUGUACCUGUUAUCUCCCGAUUCGAAGACUUGUGUGUCCUGACGAGGCCGCCUUUUUCCACGGGAUGUGCCAUCAAAAACAUGGCUCCAAUUCAGGAUAUGGAGAUACCAAUGUCUAUGGGUCAGUCGCUGAUCGCUCAGCUCCUCAAGAUAUGCAAAGAGCACAACAAUGUGACAAUCUGGACCCGAUGCGAGCUACAAGAACUUUUGGUAUCUGAUCUUAGUGGCAGGGUGAUUGGAGCAAAGGUCUUGUGUAGACACAGCGAGAGGCCGGUCUACAUCCACGCAUCAUUGGGUGUGGUGCUGACCACAGGAGGUUUCUCUCAAAAUCAGAAGAUGAGAGACACAUACCUCGGAAUCGGAUCUACCGAUGGAAGGGCCUCAAAGAUAUCUACCAUGGCGGGAUGGAGUCUCGCUGCUCCUGGAGACAUUGGAAUUGCGCUUCGAGUCAGCCAAGUACUUGACGCUGACAGUGCGCAGCUGGACCAAGUCUGGGGUAUCCCAACCAUGAUCAACCCUGGAACAGGGAAAGUGACAGAAGCCAUGUUCGCGAUAUCAAAGCCUUUUUCCUUUGUGGUGGAUGGCCAUGGCCGCCGUUUCUUCUCCGAAUCUGAACCGUAUGGUGCUGCUGUUAGGUCCAUGUACGAAAGGGCAAAGAAAAGCAGCAGAUCAGCAGAAUUUUGGCUUGUUUUCGAUGACAGAUACAUGCAGACAUAUCCUAUUGGGGAGCUUCAUAGUCCAUGGUCAAUUGACCAAGCCGUCGAAAAGGGCCUGUUGGUACGCUCAGAUACCGUAGACGGUUUAUCAAAGCAGAUUCUGGUACCACCCCAGAACCUACAAGCAACUUUGGAUGAAUGGAACGGAAUGUGCGACGAUGGCCGUGAUAAGCACUUCCGUAGGGGCGAGGAUAGAUACCAGCAGUUCAUCGGCGAUCCAGAUGUCACACCAAACCCUUGCAUGGGCCCUGUCAAAGAGAGCCCUUUCUAUGCCAUCAGGAUCUUCCCUGGAGAUGCUGGCACAAGGGGAGGACUUUUGACUGAUGAGUUCGCAAGAGUACUGAGGAAAAAUGGCGACGUGAUUCACGGCCUAUUUGCUGGUGGGAAUGCAUCUGCUGCACUUCUUGGAUCGCAAGGCGCAGGUACGACGCUCGCGCCUGCGAUGACUGAAGGAUUUAUUGCUGUGACCUAUAUGUUGUCUCUGACUGGUACAGUCAGCUCCAGCUAA